UGUAGUAGUAUUUUUUUCCAUAGAGUUUCAAGAAAAUGAAGAAUGAACAACAAUAUCAAUUCACUACUACAAAACUAUUCAGUAUUUCUCAAAGGUACCUCCAUAAUCUUGUGUCCUAUUUUAUUUUAUUUGGGUCUGGUUUAGUAAUUGGUAUAACACUAUUUUUUUAUCUCCAAGAUCUAAUUCCCAACACUUUACAAAACAAAUUAUUUUCCCCCCAAAUAAUCCAAUUAACCUCACCUCCACCUCCACCCCCACCCCAUACACCAAUACCCCCACCACCCCCACCAUCACUUCCACAACCUCAACAACAAAUUCCUCUUGUUUUAAAUAAUGAGAACAAAAUUUUAGACCCUAGUAGAAUAGGGUUAAAAGAUUUUAUGAAGACACCAAAAUUAAGUACUCCUAAACAUGAUAUGAAAGAUGAAGAGUUGAUAUCGAGGGCUAUGAUGGUGCCACGUGUUAGUGAUUUGCCAUUUAAGAGAAAGCCAAAGAUUGCUUUUAUGUUUCUUGCAAGAGGAAGUUUACCAUUGGCUCCAUUAUGGGAAAGAUUUUUCCAAGGACAUGAAGGUCUUUAUUCUAUUUAUAUUCAUUCUCAGCCAUCUUUUAAUGGAACUGCUCCACAAGAAGGACCUAUUUUUCAUGGCAGAAGAGUAGCAAGUAAGAAAGUAGAAUGGGGACAAUUUAACAUGGUGGAAGCAGAACAACGAUUACUAGCGAACGCAUUAUUAGACCUAUCGAACGAGCGUUUCGUGCUUCUUUCAGAGUCAUGCAUUCCUCUCUACAACUUCACAACCAUCUACAACUACAUCAUCAACUCCACAAACACCUUCAUGGAGUCUUACGACUUAAUAAGCCCCGUGGGACGAGGUCGUUACAGCAAGAAAAUGAAACCAUUGGUCACCCUAGCCCAAUGGCGAAAAGGGUCCCAAUGGUUCGAGGUCGAUCGAGAGAUAGCCAUGGACAUAAUAUCAGAUCAAAAAUAUUCUCAUUUAUUCAAGAGAUUUUGUAGGCCAGCAUGUUACUCAGAUGAACAUUAUUUGCCAACAUUUGUGACAAUGAAAUAUUGGUGGAAAAAUGAAAAUAGAACAUUGACUUGGGUUGAUUGGGCCAAAGGUGGGCCUCAUCCAACAAGAUUUAUUAGGCCUGAAGUGACAGAAGAUUUGCUUAAUGGGAUGAGAAAUGGGACCAAAUGUGAGUAUAAUGGGCGGCCCAGUAACAUGUGUUACUUGUUUGCUAGGAAGUUUUUGCCAAGCACUUUAGAUAGGCUUUUGAGAUUUGCUCCUAAAAUCAUGAAAUUUGGAUAAAUUAAUAUUUGUAUUUU